CCCGCAGUGUGUGUGUGUGUGGGUUGUCUGCGUGUCCGCCUCCUUCUCUUCAUUUCCUGAAUCCCGCUCCUCUGAUUCACUGCAGCGACAUGGGACACACACCGAUACACUGAGACCUGGGAGAUGACGAGAGAAGCUCAGCUCCAGCCCGCCGUGCUCUGACAACAAUCCACCAAUGGGCUGACGACGUGGGGGCGGGGCCAGGAUGAGUGCCGAGCUGCUACUGGAGGAGACGCUCAUCAAGCGUUCGCAGCAGAAGAAGAGGACGUCGCCGCUGAACUACAAGGAGAGACUGUUUGUCCUCACCAAGAGCCAGCUGACAUACUACGAUGGCAAAGCAGAGAAGAGGUUCAGGAGAGGCUCCAUCGAGCUGAGCCGCAUCAGAUGUGCCGAGAUCGUCAAGAACGGGGGAGGAAUCAUCCCCUGCCAGAACAAAUACCCCUUUCAGGUGGUGUACGACACCAACACUCUCUACAUAUUCGCUCCGAGUCACGACAGCAGAAGUCUCUGGGUCCAGAGCCUCAAAGAAGAGAUUAAAGACAACGCCUUCAUCAUGACCAAGUUUCACCCCCAGUUCUGGCAGGAAGGGGCGUGGCUCUGCUGUCGCCAGGCAGAAAAACAGGCUCUGGGCUGCGAGGAGUACAACCUGUUUGGAGACAUUUCCAGAAAACCUUUACCCCCGAUUCCUGGUGAGGAGCGCAACAAUGAGAGGCAGCGGCGGCCCCCUCCUCCCCUCCCUCCAGGUGACGAUGACGACGAUGAUGAAGAUGAGGAAGAGGUGGUCGUGGCGCUGUACGACUUCCCGGGCACUGAGCCGCACGACCUGAGCCUGAUCAAGGGAGACGAGUACGUCAUCCUGGAAAAGUGUGACGUCAACUGGUACAAGGCGCGCAACAAGUACGGUGAGGAAGGAUACAUUCCCAGUAACUAUGUAACCGAGAAGAAAUCAGGAAACCUGGUGCAGUUUGUUUGGUACAGUAAACAAGUCAACAGGAACAAGGCAGAGGAGCUGCUGAGGGAAGAGGACAAAGAAGGAGCCUUCAUUGUCAGAGACUCCAGCACUGCAGGAACCUACACCGUCUCUCUCUACGCCAAGUCUGCUGCAGGGGAUGGAGGACCGGUGAUUAAACAUUACCACAUCAAGGAGACGCAGGGCUCGCCUCCUCAGUUCUACCUGGCUGAGAAACACUUGUUCGGCUCCAUCCCCGACCUCAUCGAGUACCACAAACACAACGCGGCAGGACUUGUUGCCAGGUUGAGGUACCCUGUUGGCAAACAAGACAAAUCUGCUCCGUCCACCGCCGGCUUCAGCUACGAAAAGUGGGAGAUCAACCCCAGUGAGUUGACUUUCAUGAAGGAGCUGGGCAGCGGUCAGUUCGGUCUGGUGAGGCUCGGCAAGUGGAGGGCUCAGCACAGAGUGGCCAUCAAGGCCAUCAGAGAGGGAGCCAUGUACGAGGAGGACUUCAUCGAGGAGGCCAAAGUCAUGAUGAAACUGUCUCACCCUAAACUGGUGCAGCUGUACGGAGUGUGCAGUCAGCAGAAGCCCAUUUACAUCGUCACAGAGUUCAUGGAGCUUGGCUGCCUGCUGAACUUCCUCAGGCAGCGGCGGGGCAGCUUCAGCCUGGGGUCCCUGCUGAGUAUCUGCCUGGACGUCAGCGAGGGCAUGGAGCACCUGGAGGCCAACGGCUUCAUCCACAGAGAUCUGGCUGCCAGAAACUGUUUGGUCAACGACUCUCUGGUGGUGAAGGUGUCUGACUUCGGCAUGGCCAGAUACGUGCUAGACGACCAAUACACCAGCUCAUCAGGAGCUAAAUUUCCAGUGAAGUGGUCGCCUCCUGAAGUCUUUAACUUCUGCAAAUACAGCAGCAAAUCGGACAUCUGGUCCUUUGGUGUGUUGAUGUGGGAGGUUUUCACUGAGGGUCGCAUGCCCUUUGAACAGAAUCAGAACCACGAGGUGGUUACCUUGGUAACCAAGGGUCACCGCCUCUACAGGCCCAAGAUGGCCACGCCCACCAUCUAUGACAUCAUGCAGCUCUGUUGGCACGAGAGGCCGGAGGAGCGCCCGUCGUUCUCUCAGCUCUGCCUGAUGAUCUCCGACACUCUGGAGAGUGACACCCCUCCCCCAGUCUGAUCAACUAACCAAUCAGCUGCUUCCACCAUCCCCACGACAUCUGUGGCGGCCAUGUUGGCCCCUAAUCCCUGCUCCAUGGUAACCACCCUGCUGUUCCUCAGGGUGUAACGGCAGUAACUGUCUAAUGAACAGCAGAGGAGAAAGGGCAUCAAUAUGGAGAACAUGUAAUGGUACUCACAGUGUCUGGAACUCACCAAUCAGAUGGAGAGGAUGGACCAAUCACACCAGGCGUUUGUUUACCCAGUCAAGACGCCGGUACAGCUCACAACCCUGACCUAAAACUGAAGCUAUGUCUGUUUUUAGGACGAGUGUCUGACACCAACAUGAACAGACAGCUACGUAGAAAACAGGUUCUCAUGAUGGACGCAUCAGCUCAGUAAAUUUCGAGUGAAUGUUUCUCUUUUGUCCUACCUGUCUGUGGGUCGGCCUCAGUGUUUCCUCCCAGUCGGACAUCAAGUCCUUCAGUCAGAGAUCUGUCAGUUCAAAAAAGUGCACAAACCCACAAGACAAGCUUCAUCUUCCUUCCAGUAAGGACUCAGCUGUGUGUUUUGUUCCUUCAACAUUUAUGAAAUGACGUCUUUGUUUUGUUUUAUUCCAUAAUUUUCUGACAAAUUUAAGCUGCAGUGCAAAUCUGUUUUCAUGUAUUUACCGUCACAUCCUGCACAUCAAUAUUAA